GCAGCUGAACGUGAACUCAACGACAAACACCUCACCGACCUCGGAAAUGUGACACUGAAACAUCAGCAAAUAGUAGCAAGCGCGAGAGGAAGUCAACACCUACCGGCCAGUAGAGGAUGAGAGAGAGAGAGAAAGUCAAGCUGCAGGAACAAGGCCAACGAAGCGGAGGAAGAGAUCUGACAUCUGAGAAAAGGAAUCAGUGGGCAAUGGGGACGACGACCACAUCGAGAAAUCAGUAGAGGAGAAGGAGGAGAACAGAGCAAGAAGAGUCAUUCAGAUGCCCUUCAACGGCGGGGAGGCGGCGGUGGGAGCAGGAUGAUGCCGCCGAAGCAGCUGCUGACCAUCAUCCUCAUCGUCUUCUCCACGCUCUCCUUCAUCAAGUUGCUGCUGCUCACCAGCUCCUCCUCUGCCUCCCCACGCCGCUCGGCGUGGGACGCAACCGGAGGAAACGGGACCACCAGGAACGCGCUCGCCGCCAAGGAGCUCCUUUUGCUCCGCUCCCUCGUCGCCGCACGCGCGCCGUGCAGGCUGCUGGUGUUCGGCCUCUCCCCGCAGCUCCUCGCGCUCGCCGCGCUCAACUCUGGCGCCGGCGCCGCCACCGCCUUCGUCACCGACAGCGCCGAGGACGCAGACGGCGCGAGGCGCGUGCUCCUCUCCGGGCGCGGCGCUGGGGCUGCCGGCGUGGUGGCCGUCCACCGGGCGAGGUACCGCGACGCUGCGGCGGAGGCGUGGCCGCUGCUGCGGCGCGCGCGGGGGAGCCCGUCGUGCCGGCGGCCGACGGGGACGGUGCGCAAGUCCGGGUGCCCGCUCGCGCUGACCUCGCUGCCCCGGGAGGUGCUCGACGCGCGGUGGGACGUUGUCGUCGUCGACGGGCCAAGCGGCGCGGCUCCCGGGGAGCCCGGGCGGAUGGGGACCAUCUACACAGCCGCGGCGCUGGCGCGCGCGUCGGCGGCGGCGUGGGCCGGCGGCGGCGAGGUGGUGGACGUGGCGGUGCACGACGUGGACCGGACGGUGGAGCGGUGGUACGCGUGGGAGUACCUCUGCGAAGACAACCUCGUCGCCGCGAAGGGCCGCCUCUGGCACUUCCGCAUCGGCGCCGGCGGGCCACCUGACGCAUUCUGCUCCACCGGCCCCGUCCAGAUCUUGUAGAACGCCUGGACAACAGGACCAAGGGUCUAAGAUCACCGGAAACAUUGCCAUUUCUUGUUCCCAAUGGGGAAAUGCUGGUGACUUGGGGCCACGGCGUCGCCGAAACCUUUGCUGCGGCGAGCUGUUCUUGUACUAGGCCGGAGCUCCGAGAUUGUAACGGCGGUGCUGAUGUGAUGUGAAGAAGAAUUGAGCUGUCCAUAGAAUUGCAGUCUUUAUAGAUAGAACUCCUCAAAUGUGAAAAGUGCGCAGAUAGGCAGUAGCGAGAUGCAAUUUUCUACCAGAAUUCUUUGCUUGGAUGCAAGAAUAGGUUUUCUGUAAACUCGUACUCUGGAUUGUUGUUGUUCUUUUUUGUAGCAAUCAAAUGAUACUCCACUAGCUUAGUGCUUCAACGUUUUAUUCAGAUUGUGUGAGCUUUAGUUCUU